UUUCAGUGGAGCCACCGGUCUGGACAGCACGAACACGUGAUCCUCCCUCCUCUUUGGUAUCCAUAAUAAACAGAAUAUCCUGUCUUUCCUCUUGAAAAAAUGUCACUAGUGCGUUUAUUAGGUACAGAGGCUCGGCAAUUGGCCCGACGUGCCUACUCAUCAACGCCCGCUACCACCAAACUGUUUAUUGAUGGUAAAUUUGUGGAGUCAAAGACUAAUGAGUGGAUCGAUGUGCACGAUCCGGCCACCAAUCAAGUGGUGACCCGUGUGCCCAAGGCCACCAAGAGCGAAAUGCAAGCUGCAUUGGACUCGAAUAAGAAAGCCUUUGCCGCAUGGAGCAAUCAAUCGGUAUUGACACGUCAGCAAGUGAUGUUCAAAUUGCAGGCCCUUAUCAAGGCGAAUAUGGGCGAGCUGGCCAAGAAUAUAACCAAGGAGCAGGGCAAGACACUGGCUGAUGCCGAGGGCGAUGUGCUGCGUGGCCUUCAGGUGGUGGAACACUGUUGCAGUAUUCCCUCAUUGCAAAUGGGCGAGACUGUGGCAAAUGUGGCCCGCGAUAUGGAUACCUAUUCCUUGGUGUUGCCAUUGGGUGUGACCGCUGGCAUUGCUCCAUUCAAUUUUCCAGCCAUGAUUCCGCUGUGGAUGUUCCCAGUUGCCAUUACAACGGGCAACACUAUGUUGCUGAAGCCAUCAGAGCGUGUGCCUGGAGUCACUAUGAUGCUAAUGGAGCUGCUUAAUGAGGCCGGAUGUCCGCCGGGUGUGGUCAAUGUGAUCCAUGGCCAGCACGAUGCCGUCAAUUUCAUUUGUGAUGCACCAGAAAUCAAAGCUGUGUCAUUUGUCGGCUCCGAUCAGGCUGGUAAAUACAUUUACGAACGCGCUGGCAAAAAUGGCAAACGUGUCCAGAGCAAUAUGGGAGCCAAGAACCAUGGUGUUAUUCUGUCCGAUGCCAAUAAGGAGAACACUCUAAAUCAAUUGGCCGGAGCUGCUUUCGGUGCUGCUGGCCAGCGAUGCAUGGCACUCUCUACAGCCGUGUUUGUUGGUGAUGCUCAGAAAUGGAUACCCGAUCUGGUGGAACGCGCACAAAAACUCAAGGUUAAUGCUGGCCAUGUACCCGGCACCGAUGUGGGCCCAGUUAUUAGUGCUGCCUCUCGCCAGCGCAUCAACGAUCUGAUCGAGUCCGGAGUGAAGGAGGGAGCGAAGCUUGUUCUUGAUGGACGUAAAAUAAGUGUGCCCGGCUAUGAAGAUGGUUACUUUGUUGGUCCCACUAUUCUAAGCGAUGUGACACCCUCAAUGAAGUGCUACACAGAGGAGAUCUUUGGCCCUGUUUUGGUCAUCCUCAACGCUGACACUUUGGACGAUGCCAUUUCGAUUGUUAAUGCCAAUCCAUAUGGUAAUGGCACCGCCGUUUUUACCACAAAUGGAGCGGCUGCACGUAAAUUUGUCAACGAAAUCGAUGCCGGACAGGUGGGCGUCAAUGUCCCCAUUCCUGUGCCAUUGCCCAUGUUCUCGUUCACCGGCACGCGCGGAUCCUUCCGCGGCGACCAUCAUUUCUAUGGCAAACAGGGCAUUAAGUUCUAUACACAGACCAAGACGGUGACUCAGUUGUGGCGUGAGACCGAUGUGACCCACACACAGGCGGCCGUGGCUAUGCCCACCAUGAAGUAAGUUUGUAAAGAAAACUGGAGAUAAUGACGUAUUAAACGUAUCAUUGUAUUGGAUUCUAAUACAAGGGAAUUAUUGCAUUUAUUUUUGUGUGCCUGUUUUUAGAGAUAAGAUGUAAAGAAUAAAUUGUUAAAGCAUUCUAAAAA